AUAUUAUUACUCCCAGUUAACAGAGAAGAAAACUAAGUAAAUUGAUCAAGACUACCGGGCCAGUAAGUGGCUGAUAUUUUAGACCUUGGGAAACAUGUCACUCAAGCUGACGUUCCCAGGGCUGAAGGACGGGGCACCCCACUAAUAAUUGCUAAAGUUUAACUCAGUUUUCCCUAGAGACCUCCCUUGCCCUGAGCAGAGGAACCGACUAGUGAAAUCACCGUAAACUCAGACCCCGCCUCCCCGUCCGGGAUGCAGGCGUUGUCCCUUCCGCCGCCGUUCGACGUUUCUCCGCCCCGCCCCUGUUGGGGGGGCUUUCGCUGCCGCUUUCACUACCCCGCGACCGUGUCGCCUCGAUUGACGUAAAAAGCACUGGCCCUUUUCAUUGGCCCAUUUCAAUAGUCGCGGGAUACUUGAACUGCAUGAACAGCCGCCGCUCCGGCGGGCUGCGAGCCUCAUCUCGGGGGCGUCAUUGACCCUUUACGCCUGGCAGUACCUACUUGGGCUCUUCACAACCUCCUCGGACCUACGCGAUCCCGAGGGGGCGAGCGGGCAGGCUGGCUCGGGCUGCGGCGGGCGGCUACGGCUGGAGCAUUCCUCGGCGGGACGGAGUGCACGCUGCUUGGCGCCGCAGGCUGAUCCCGCCGCGCCCCCAGGAGCAGUGAUGUUGGGCAGCUCAGCGGCCCGCGAGGCAGGCUCGGCGCUGCUAACACUGCAGAAUGCAGCGCUCCAAGAGGACCAGGAGAACAUCAACCCCGAGAAGGCGGUGGCCAUCCAGCAGCCCCGGACCCGGGCGGGACUGGCUGUAUUGAAGGCGGGGAACCCGCGGGUUCAAGCGCCGCAGCAGAGGCCCAAGACGCGCCGGGUUGCACCUCUUAAGGAUCUUCCAACAAAUGAUGAGCAUGUCACUGUUCCUCCUUGGAAAGCAAACAGUAAACAGCCUGCAUUUACCAUUCAUGUGGAUGAAGCAGAAGAGUCUCAAAAGAGGCCAGGUGAAUGUAAGAAAACUGAAUGUGAAGAUGUCCUAGCUUUUAAUUCAGCCAUUACUUUACCUGGACCAAGAAAACCUCUGGUACCUCUUGAUUAUCCAAUGGAUGGUAGUUUUGAGUCACCACAUACUUUGGACAUGUCAAUUGUAUUGGAAGAUGAAAAGCCAGUAAGUGUUAAUGAAGUACCAGACUACCAUGAGGAUAUUCACAUGUACCUUAGAGAAAUGGAGGUUAAAUGUAAGCCUAAAGUGGGUUACAUGAAGAAACAGCCAGACAUCACUAACAGUAUGAGGGCUAUCCUUGUGGACUGGUUAGUUGAAGUAGGAGAAGAAUAUAAACUACAGAAUGAGACCCUGCAUUUGGCUGUGAACUACAUUGAUAGGUUCCUUUCAUCGAUGUCUGUAUUGAGAGGAAAACUUCAGCUUGUGGGCACUGCUGCUAUGCUGUUAGCCUCAUCUGGAUUCCAGUGUACCUUCUUGACUGAACAUGGGGACUGGCUACAUUUCAAUACAGUAGGACAAGAUUAUGAAGUUGAAACAAAAUUUGAAGAAAUAUACCCCCCAGAAGUAGCAGAGUUUGUGUACAUUACAGAUGAUACUUAUACCAAGAAACAAGUUCUGAGAAUGGAGCACCUAGUUUUGAAAGUCCUUGCUUUUGACUUAGCUGCACCAACAGUCAAUCAGUUUCUUACCCAAUACUUUCUUCACCAGCAGUCUGCAAACUGCAAAGUCGAAAGUUUAGCAAUGUUUCUGGGAGAGUUAAGUUUGAUAGAUGCUGACCCCUACCUAAAGUUUUUGCCAUCAAUUAUUGCUGGAGCGGCCUUUCAUUUAGCACUCUACACAAUCACAGGACAAAGCUGGCCUGAAUCAUUAGUACAAAAGACUGGAUACACCCUGGAGAGCCUUAAGCCUUGUCUCAUGGACCUUCACCAGACCUACCUCAGAGCACCACAGCAUGCACAACAGUCAAUAAGAGAAAAGUACAAAAGUUCAAAGUAUCAUGGUGUUUCUCUCCUCAACCCACCAGAGACACUAAAUGUGUAACAGUGAAAGACUGCCUUUGUUUUCUAAGAUGUAAAUCACUCAAAGUAUAUGGUGUACAGUUUUUAUCUUAGGUUUUAAUUUUGCAAUCAUUCCUGAAUACAGAAAUUAUGGUCAAGUACAAAUUAUGGUAUCUAUUUUUCAAUGGUUUUAAUUUGUAUAUCUUUUGUAUAUGUAAUUAUCUUAGAUACUUGGCUAAUUUUAAGUGGUUUUGUUAAAGUAUUAAUGAUGCCAGCGGUCAGCAUAAGAAUAAGAAUUAAUAAAUUGAUCUGGAAAACUUGGUUUCUAAGUUAAAUUUAAUUUGAGGUAAAAAUUUGACUUAAGAAUUUCACUCAAAAAUUUGGUUUACUAUAUAAGGGGAAUGGGAAGGCUUCUGAAAUUAAAAAAAAAAGCAACAAAAGUCCUUAUUCAUUUUCCUAAGCAACUGAAACAAUUUGCUGACUUGAGCAUAACCUAGGGUAUUUGGAAUAAAUCUGUUUAUCAGUCA